AAUAUAACAGUCCACAACACAUUAACUGUAAUCACCGCCUAUCCAUUGAACCUACUUGUGCCGAGAGCCUAGAUACAUUUUCAACAAGUCUCAGGGAAGCAUUCGUCCAUUUCGUCCAUUGCCAGCUACAGUAAAGUGGAGGGUUCUUCUCAGCAUUAUGAGUAGCAUGUUUCAGGAGAUUGUUGCCUUUUUUUUCUCUACUGCUGGUUGGAUACUGGAGUCUUCUACCUUGCCGACUGACUACUGGAAGGUGUCUUCAGAUGAUGGAUCAGUCAUUACCACAGCUUCCUUCUGGUCGAAUCUUUGGAAGACCUGUGUGACUGAUUCAACGGGAGUAUCCAACUGCAAAGAAUUUAUCUCGAUGCUGGCACUGGAUGGUUACAUCAUAGCUUGCAGGGCACUCAUGAUUUCCGCCGUCAUUCUGGGCUUUUUCGGCUCUAUAUUUGCCCUCGUGGGAAUGAAGUGCACAAAAAUUGGAGGAUCUGACAAAAACAAAGCGAGGAUUGCCUGUUUUGCCGGUGUGCAUUUCAUUCUUAGUGGCCUGUGCUCACUCUCAUCCUGCUCCAUCUAUGCGCACCGGAUAACAUCAGAAUUUUUUGAUCCAAUGUUUAUCUCGCAAAAGUAUGAACUUGGAGCUGCUCUCUUUAUCGGCUGGGGUGGAUCUGUCCUCUGUAUUCUCGGGGGCACCAUGUUAUGCUUCUCCAUUGCAGGUUCUUUUACCAGUAGCAAAAGAGAGGUAAACUAUAUCUACAGAGGCGCUGCCUCACAUUCUCGUAUCUCCUCCUACCCAAAAGGGCAAGCGAAGUCUGUAAAUCAGAGGCCAACUCCAGACAACAGCACCUCCUCCAGGAUCCAGCACUUUGAUAAGAAUGUUUAUGUGUGACAAAUGUGAAUACACUUUUGGUUAAAGCCACGGGUGGGUACUAGAAGAUAUAUUAAUUGUUAAUUAUAGCACACUUUAUAACAGCUGAAUGUACUGAUAUUGAUUCAUAUGUCACCAGGAAAUCAGUGUCAAAUCCUUACAUGUUUUUUGAAGGUGGAUCUUUUUAUGAUACAGUUUACUCUCUGGAGUUGGGGGAAUCAAUAAAUCAAAAACAUUUGGCCCAAAACGGGGAUUUCUAAUCAAAUGCUUGCAUCAUUUUCUAUUUUUGGAGCUUUUUUUUAUGGCGAUGAGCACGUUCUGUUUAUGUACAAAAUUGGUUUUGUUGUCUUUAGCUGUAUGUAGCUUCUGCGUGUCUGUCAUUAAUCUGUAAUGACAGCAAUUAAAAUGAUGACAGACACCCAUUUUAUCUUGUUGAAUAUGACGUAACCAUAAACAACUUUUGUAAUGUGCAAACUUGUAGAGGGUAAAAAAACAUGGUGAAAUGUUUAGUGAAUUAUGAGCAUUCUUUGUUCCUUAGCACAUAGCUCUGUUUAGUUAAAACAUGUUAAAGUAAAUACAACUAAGUUGCAGCAAAUUCUGUGUCUGUGGGUU